AUGUCUCCGUACAUAUUCUUUAUAUUUUUUAUAUUACACACGGUUGAAUCUUUGAGCUUGGGAAGGUUUGUCCGCGACGGCGAUAUUUCCAAAUUCAACCGGAGACUAGAUCUAGCCACUAGAGAUCAUUGGGAAAAGACUCAAUUCUCCGGUAUUCCAAACAUUAUUGGUUUCAUAUCGCAGAAUAAAAAUCUAUGUGAUUUUCAUGGAGAUAAACAGCAUACUUCUGCGCAUAAAAAGGAUCCUUCCUACGAAAAUGUUUACUGCGAAUCGAUUUCAAACCGAAUAAGAUUCCCUACGCGAUGUGUAAAGAUAGGAAAGGUAACAAUUGGUGGAAACUCACCCAUUGCCUUGCAAACAAUGACAUCUUCUGAUACUAACGAUGUAGACGCUACAGUAGACCAGAUUUUGAAAUCUCGGCAGCACGGGGCUUCAAUGGUUAGAUUGACUGUACAAUCGCCUAGAGAAGCAAAAUCUUCCGUGGCAAUCAAGGAGAAGCUUCUCUCCAUUGGAUGUGAUAUUCCAUUGAUCGCAGAUAUUCACUUUAAUCCAAAGGUGGCAUUACUUGCAGCUGAUGUCUAUGAUAAAGUGCGGGUAAACCCAGGGAAUUAUGUAGAUGGACGCAAAAACUGGGAUAUGAAAGUAUACGAAACAGAAGAAGAAUUUAGGAAAAGUGGAGAAUUUAUAGAGGAAAUGUUUACUCCACUGGUUGAAAAAUGCAAAAAACUAAAGAAAGCCAUACGUAUAGGCACAAACCAUGGGUCUCUCUCAUCCAGAAUAAUGAGUUAUUAUGGAGAUUCACCCAGAGGAAUGGUAGAAUCUGCGCUGGAGUUUGCAGCAAUCUGUGUAAAACUAGAUUUCCACGAUAUUGUCUUUUCAAUGAAAUCGUCGAAUGUUUAUGUAAUGACACAUGCGUACAGACUUUUGGUUCAUGAGCUGUACAAACGCGGUUGGAAUUAUCCCAUACAUUUGGGAGUAACAGAAGCCGGAUCAGUUGACGACGGACGUAUUAAAAGUGCUCUUGGGAUAGGAACACUCUUAAUGGACGGAAUAGGAGAUACCAUAAGAAUGUCUCUUACCGAAGAUCCGUGGCUAGAACUGUCCCCCGCAAGAAAAUUAGUAGAGUGUGUAGAAAGAUAUACCAAAAUCAACACAAAAGAAACGCUUAGAGAAUUUAGAAACUUUCAGGAUAUAGAAAAACGCGAAUUGGAUUAUGGAACUAGCAUAUUGAAAUAUGCUGAAGGUGGAAACAAAAAUACUUUAUUAAAUCCGGAUGGAUCGGUUGGAUGUAUUUUAACCUCCGAAGAUUUGAGCGAUCCAAUUACCCUCUACAAGUCGCUAGGAGUCUCAAUGAACAAUGGGCUACCUCAGCGCAACAUCAAAUCGGUUGAUUUUGUGGUAUUGGAAUCUGUUCCACAAUUUCAUGAAUGUUCAAAGCAGAGAAUUGUUAAGGAACUGAUAGAAGGAGGAAUACAGGUAGUUGCUCCAGUUGAUCAAUUGAAGUAUAAUCCAAUAAAGUUCUCUAUUGGACUUGUAGAUUUGGAAAAAUUGCCUAAUUUCCAAAGAAGCCAAUCAGAGAAAACUGAAGAUAAUAAAGAUUUUAUAGAUUAUGCUGACAAAUUACCAAUUGUCGCCGUUAGAAUUACUGGAAAUGAAACCGAUGAACAAAUUUUACAAAUGUGCAAUGAUACUAACUCUAAAGUUCGCAUUGCUGGACAUGCCAAGGUUGGAUUCAUAAUUAUGACCAUCGAUCCGAAUCUGAAUAAUGUAGCCACUGUAAGACGCAUUUUUGGGCUGUUGGUACGUGCAAAUUCCAACAUUCCAGUGAUACACCAACUUGAUCUAACGAGCUACAAGGAUCAUGAGGAUGUUGUUGUAGCAGCAUCUACCCUUGUGUCUUGUCACUUGGUCGAUAAACUUGGUGAAGGGCUUAUUUGUAAAACUUCACUUCCCCUGCAAGAAUCAAAUGCGAUUUCUCUCAACAUCCUACAGAAUGCAAGAAUGAGAAGCUUCAAGACUGACUUCAUUUCGUGUCCAUCGUGUGGACGUACUCUCUUUGAUAUACAGAAAACCACGGAGGAAAUCAAAAAGAGGACUGGGCAUCUACCAGGGGUAACUAUUGCUAUAAUGGGUUGCAUUGUAAAUGGAAUUGGAGAAAUGGCAGAUGCAGACUUUGGUUACGUAGGAGGAUCACCCGGGAAGGUUGAUUUGUACGUCAAAAAACAACUUGUUGAACGCGGAAUUCCAAAUGACCAAGCAUGCGAUAGACUCAUUGAUCUCAUCAAGAAACACGGUAGAUGGAUAGAUCCAUAA